AUGAUUCUCACCAACGGUACCUACGAUAUCAUCAACCAUGGGCGUAUCCCAAGAUGUGCUGGUGCGCCUCCAGGCUCCGUAGCUCUGGGGACGCCAGUCAUGGCAGUUUCCCCUCCAUUAAUGCUGCCCAUCGAGGUCGAGCGUGUAGGGGACGAUACAUAUCAGUUCAGACUACGAACAAAUGAUACGAUCGCACUCGGCCACUCCGAACAAGUUCGUAAAGAGGACCUUGCUUUUGUGAAACUCAUGCGCUCUUCUGAGGAUGCCGUCUGGGAGGUCAGUAGUAACGGGCAAGGAGGAUUCCGGUACGUCCAGGUCUCGUUACAAAACCGCCUUGUUUUCGAUGAAAAGUUCUCGCCUAGUAUUCACGUCCCCAAUACUGAUCGAUGCUGGACACUUCCCCGGUUUGGAGGCGGCCUAUCACCAGUAAACGCCAACUAG